AUUUUGAAUUUUUUUUAUUUAAUAGAAGAUUUGGUCAAUUGUUAACAUAAGUUGAUGAUGAAUUAGUUGCCAAAAAACCCAAAAUCCAUUAUAACUUUUGCAAUUAAUUACUCUGUUACUUUUUAACCCUAAAAAAGCAUGUAUGUAUGUUAUUAGAGACAGACGACUCUCUCUACUCAUAAAAUCUCUCUCACAUAGAUAGAUCCCUUUCCACAGUUUCGUCUCUGCUUUUGAUUCUUCUGAGGUCCCCUGAAUUUACAGAAUCACAAAGACCAAAUUUUUCAUUCCAAUUUCGGAUCUUUACCCUUAAAAACCAUGUCAGAGAUGGCGAGUAUGGAUCCAGAAGGAAUCGAUGGAGUUCGUAUGACGUGGAACGUUUGGCCUCGCACCAAAGUUGAAGCAAGCAAGUGUGUGAUCCCUGUCGCUGCUUGUAUCUCUCCGAUCCGUUACCACCGGGAUAUCCCAUCUGUUGAAUAUGCUCCUCUUCGUUGUCGCAUUUGUACCGCUGCUCUUAAUCCUUUUGCUCGUGUUGAUUUCCUCGCCAAGAUCUGGAUCUGUCCUAUUUGCUUCCAGAGAAACCACUUCCCUCCUCACUACCAUGUUAUGUCCGAGACUAAUGUCCCUUGUGAGCUCUAUCCACAGUACACUACCGUUGAAUACACUCUGCCUAACCCUUCUCAGCCUACUGGUGUUGGCAAUUUUGAUCAGACCGGUGCUGUUUCUGGUCAGCCUUCGCCGUCGGUGUUUGUUUUUGUCCUGGACACGUGUAUGAUUGAAGAGGAGUUUGGAUACGCGAAAUCUGCGCUUAAGCAGGCGAUCGGGUUGCUUCCGGAGAAUGCAUUGGUUGGGUUUGUCUCGUUUGGGACGCAGGCGCAUGUUCACGAGCUGGGGUUUUCUGAUUUGACUAAAGUUUAUGUCUUUAGGGGAGAUAAGGAGAUCUCCAAAGAUCAAGUUUUGGAGCAGUUAGGGCUUGGUGCUUCUGGGAGACGAAACCCGGUUGGUGGUUUUCCAAUGGGGAGGGAUAAUUCUGCCAAUUUCGGCUAUUCGGGUGUUAAUAGAUUCUUGUUGCCAGCUUCUGACUGUGAAUUCACGAUUGAUUUGCUGUUGGAAGAGCUACAGACGGAUCAGUGGCCUGUCCAGGCUGGACGGCGCCAGUCACGAUGCACGGGAGUGGCUAUAAGUGUGGCUACGGGACUACUUGGAGCUUGUUUUCCUGGAACUGGGGCUAGAAUCGUUGCUUUAAUUGGAGGACCAUGUUCUGAGGGGCCAGGCACGAUUGUGUCAAAGGAUCUAUCAGAACCUUUGCGUUCACAUAAAGAUCUUGAUAAAGAUGCGGCUCCGUUCUAUAAGAAAGCGGAGAAAUUUUAUGAUGCGCUCGCAAACCAACUGGUUAACCAAGGACAUGUACUGGACCUUUUUGCAUCCGCACUUGAUCAGGUUGGUGUUGCUGAAAUGAAAGCUGCGGUUGAAAGAACUGGAGGUCUUGUUGUUUUAUCAGAAAGUUUUGGCCAUUCUGUAUUUAAGGAUUCUUUUAAGCGAGUAUUUGAAGAUGGCGAAGAGUCUCUCGGCCUUUGUUUCAAUGGUACACUUGAGAUCUGCUGUUCAAAGGACAUAAAAAUCCAAGGGAUUAUUGGACCUUGUGCGUCUUUGCAAAAGAAAGGCCCUAGCGUUGCUGAUACAGUUAUUGGGGAGGGGAAUACUACACAAUGGAAGAUGUGUGGCCUCGAUAAAAGGACUUGUUUGACAGUCUUCUUUGAUCUUUCUUCUAGUGAUCAAUCAAGUGCUCCUGGAGGUGUAAAUAACCAACUAUAUUUACAAUUUAUGACAAGCUACCAAAAUUCAAAAGGUAAAACAUUACAGCGAGUUACUACUGUUACCAGACAAUGGGUAGAUACUGGUCUUAGCACAGAGGAAUUGGUGCAAGGUUUUGAUCAAGAAACUGCUGCUGUGGUUGUGGCCAGAUUAGCUUCCUUGAAAAUGGAAACAGAGGAGGGAUUUGAUGCUACGCGAUGGCUGGACCGGAACCUUAUUCGUCUUUGUUCUAAAUUUGGUGAUUACCGGAAGGAUGAUCCUGCUUCAUUUACUCUAAAUCCAAACUUUUCACUAUUCCCUCAGUUUACGUUCAAUCUCCGACGCUCACAGUUUGUGCAGGUGUUCAACAAUAGUCCAGACGAAACUGCUUACAACCGCAUGCUAUUAAACCGAGAAAAUAUUUCGAACGCAGCUGUUAUGAUUCAGCCAUCUCUAACAACAUAUUCGUUUAACUCACUACCUCAACCUGCAUUGUUGGAUGUUGCUUCCAUUGGUGCAGACCGUAUCCUCCUGUUGGAUUCUUACAUUAGUGUUGUCGUUUUCCAUGGAAUGACCAUUGCACAGUGGCGCAACUUGGGAUAUCAAAAUCAGCCUGAACACCAGGCAUUUGCCCAACUCUUGGAAGCCCCUCAAGAAGAUGCGCAGAUGAUCAUUCGUGAUCGUUUCCCUGUACCAAGAUUAGUUGUUUGUGAUCAACAUGGAUCCCAGGCAAGGUUUCUGUUAGCAAAGCUAAAUCCGUCAGCAACAUACAACAAUGCAAGCGAGAUGAAUGCAGGCUCUGAUAUAAUCUUCACGGAUGAUGUCAGUCUUCAAGUCUUCUUCCAACAUCUUCAGAAAUUGGCUGUUCAAUCUUGAGAACACAGAGGUCUCUCUGUUCUUCCAUUUCAAUUGAGACAAGUUCAAAUAAAGAAGAUGCAGUCGUCGCUCACCAAAAUGCCUCAAGUGUCUUACAUUUGUUAUACACACACAUGACAAGACUACGCUUCUGUUCCUUUCUUUUCACUGGGGCCUUUAUUUAUCAUAGUGUGAUUCAACAAAUUUUGUAGUUUCCAUUUGGUCAUAGUAUUAUCAUCUUUUCUCUAAGGUUAUAAUAACGAUUACCCGCAGGGUCAUAAAAGAUAAUGAACUGGAG